GUGCAGACAAAGCUGGUAGAGGAAGACUGAGCCAGAAAGAGGUCAUGAGUUGGUUGGGCACCUCAGAGUAUUUUACUCUUGCUGCUGUUUGUUUUGAAAGCAAGGACUUCAUGAAUAUUACAGCAGAUCAGUGACAGGAAAAACUUGUUGCCUGCCAAGCAUUUGGCCUGUCUCUUGCCGUUAGUGUUAAUUUACCGACCUGGGAAUUAUGCCACAGGACUCUCCGGUGAGGGUUUCAUAAAAUCCACCCUAUAAGGAUAUUACUAUUGACACCAUUAUCUCCUGUCUGACAGAUGAAGUGGCAGCCAUCAAGACUGGACAGAGUCGGCCUGAGCAGAAUCUGGUUUAACCAGGAACCUUUUAGGACUCUUUAAAAGAAAAACGCUGACUUGUGAAACAACAUCACCACCAGUCAAACGCAAUUGUAGGACUGGAUUUGUGAGUUGUACAAACCAAGAUGCCUAUCUUAAAGCAGCUAGUAGCGGGGUCUCAGACCAAACGGCGCUCUCGUAUGGAUCUUACGACAGAGAUGAUCAGCGCUCCGUUGGGUGACUUUCGGCACACCAUGCAUGUCGGGCGCAGUGGGGAAGCUUUCGGGGACACCUCUUUCCUCAGCACUCGAUCCGGAGAGCCAUCCCAAGAGGGACACACCUAUCCUCGCUCUCCAAAACCGGGAUUGCUGUCUCGUACCUUCCGGAGCAGCAAGCGGUCUCAGUCCGUCAACAGAGUAGACCAGCAAGACAAUACCCUCCUUCCUCCCAGUGGGUCACCUACCUUUGUGAAGAAUGCCAUGUCCUUGCCCUUUCUGAACAAUGAGGAUGAACACGAUACUGACAGUAGAGAGCUUAAGAGCUUGACAUCCAGCCCCUCCAAUGGGGCCUCUGCUAACGCAUUGGACCUGGAGCUCCAUGAGAAGCACUUCGGUGUGUUGACGGACCUGCGCCCUUAUCCAUCCUACAAUGGGGGAGGAAUGAAGAAGGCUGAAUCUGUGAUGUCAUUCCAUGUUGACCUUGGCCCCUCAAUGCUGGGGGAAAUCCUGGGGGUCAUGGAGAAGGAAGACGAUGAUCAGGGGUUUGAGGAAGGCAAGAGCAGUGAGGGACAUGCUUCUCCUCUGCUCUGCAACCAGGGAGAAGGGGAUAUGGAUGAGGAAGUGAGGGAGGUUGCUGUGAAAGAAGAGGAUCCAGAGGGCUUAGUUGCUCACGAUGAGGGUCCCAUGAGGGCUCCCAGCUCUGUCGACUUGGAGAUCCAGAGCGAAGGCACCAGCACCCCAGAACCACACCACAAACAUCUGCAUCACCUCGACAGCUGCUCCAAUUCCAGCUCCGGUUCAGCCGCCAUGGAGGAGAAAACAACCAGUGAGCCUUACGAGGGAGAUAUUUGCAUUACCGACAACACCUGCAAUCCAGACAAUGAACCAGCCUUCUCCUCCUUCAUGGAAGAUGAGGAUGAUGAGAUCCGAGUAUGAAAUCCUACAAUCAGUAAACCCUUCUGGGGAUGGAUCGAUAAAUAUCCAGAGUUUGGCAUUGUGUAUUGAGGAGAAAUGCAAAGACAUAAACACGUCAAAGCUGGACAGAUGCCUCAGGUUCCUGUGUCCAUGUAGAGAUAAGUUGAGGAGACUGUUUUAGCUCAGACACCAAAGCCAUCUGUAACACUACUGACCCAUGCUAAGAUAAACAGCUGGAUCUAUUUAAAUUCAGACCGAAUA